AUGGAGUCGGAGCGAACUGAAGGCAAAACGACGCGUCGUGAGAAACGCACCAGUGUCAACGAGAGAUUGGUAUUCCUCACCCCCAUGGUCAACAGCUGCAAGUUGCACCUGACAAGUGUCAAAGCCCUCGUGCCUGAGAGAGCCCAGAGGCUGACCAACUCUCAAGAAGACAAAGACACCACUCAGUACAACCCAGAAAAAAGGUUGCAUGCUUGCGGAGAACUUGCACAGACACCUUCUGUUCCAUCAUUUGCCAGCGAAUCUGCAGAGCGCCCUGUGCACCAUCUAGUACCACUCGGAUGUUUAGCUCAAAGCGGUCUGGAUGCAGUGCCACAUGGUUCACAAGAUACAAGAGACAGAUCUAGGAGACCAACCCACAGCGCAGGGGCCACUUACUACCGGGAGGCCUUAUACCUUUCUCAGCCAGCAGGUUGUUCUGGAGGAUUUAAAUAUGAUGCAGUCCCGGGUUUUCCCUUCCCUCGAUCGCCCUACGACACUUUUGCAUCCAGCAUUCAACGAAUCGACAUGGACAGGCGCUGUCUGGAGGGAUGCCCCCAGCUGGGCACUAUGGAUGAACUGCAGCUCCUGAACCUCCAGCACAAUCUAAUCACACGGAUCCAGCAUCUGUCACAUCUGCAACAACUCGUUUUCCUGAACCUUUACGACAAUCACGUUACCGAAAUGACUGGCAUUGAAUCUCUAUUCUCUCUCCGUAUCCUUAUGCUGGGGAAGAACAGAAUCCGGAAGAUAUGUUGCUUGGGAAGCCUGUCCAAACUGAACAUCCUGGACUUGCAUGACAAUCAGAUCUGCAGGAUAGAAAACAUGUCUCACCUGAGCGAGCUGCAAGUGCUGAACCUGGCGGGCAACAGCAUAUCCAGAGUGGAGAACCUGCGGGGUCUGGACGGUUUGACGGAACUCAACCUGCGACACAACUGCGUCUCUGCUGUGACCGAGGUGGACCGUCUGCCCCGCUUGCAGCGCCUCUUUCUCAGCUGCAACAACAUCAGCAGUUCGGAUCAGCUAGUCUGCCUCGGAGAGUCGCGCUCCCUUUCCGAGCUCACCCUGGAUGGGAAUCCUGUAGCCCUGGAGACAUGGUACAAGCAGGCUGUCCUGCGCUGUGUGCUUCAUCUGAAACAGCUGGACAUGAAGCGCAUCACAGACGAGGAUCGGCGCAUGGCUGGUGUACAGGCUCGAAAAGAGGAGGAGAAGAAGAGGGAGAGCCACAAGCAGACCAUUCAUAAGGAGAAGCGGCGUCUGGCGAUCCGUAAUGCAGCGCAGCGGUGGGAGGGCAUCAGGGCCUGCCUGGAGCCGCCACCAACAAACGGUGCUAAAGAAGAAGUCAGUCCGGAGAACAGCCCCGCCCACAGCCCCGCCCAGACCAAUGGCCUUGCACAGGAGCCCUCUCCGGAUGAACCCAGACGGGUAAGCCCAGGUUCAGGACCAGAGCGGCCAUCAGUGGGAGCAGAGAGCAGACUCCGCACCAACAGCCGCCCAAACAGCCCACGAGAUGCCAAGCUUGUGGAAACAGGGAGCAGCAGUGUUCAGAGCCUGUCCCUCUCCGACAGCCACCUGGCGGAGCUGGACGGAGACACCCUGCGCUUGUUUGGACCCGGAGCCCUGGAGGCCCUGGAGAGGGGCUGGGGAGUUCAGACCGCGAGCGCCGUCACCGCAAUCGCCUUCCGCUACAUCAGCUUCGACGCCAUUCUUCCAGCACUGCCGCGAAUAAGGGUCAAAUUCCCCAAUCUGUCGCACCUGAUCUUCCUGGAAACCAACAUCAGCCGUCUGCCCCAGCUGGCGGCCCUGGCUCAGGUGAAGCGUCUGGACCAGCUGACUAUCCACCUGGAGGGCAACCCAGUGGUCAGUCUGGCUCUGUGGCGCUCCUUCGCCAUCUACCGCCUCCACCACCUCAACCUGCAGAGGAUCAAUGGCCAGGAGGUGACCAUGAAUGAUGUGAUCGCCGCAGAGCGCGUGUUCGGGACCCUCGGUCACAUAGCAGCCACCGAAACUCCACCCUGCCGACUCCUCCUGCUGCUGGAGGAGUCCAGGAAGCGGCAGCUGCAAUUCCUGUUGGAGGGGCGUGGCCGGCGUGCAGCACUGAGUCCGGAGGAGCUGCGGGACAAUGGGAAGCUCCUGGGAGAAGGGCUGAGCAGAGCGCUGUUCAACUACCCCAACAGAGACUGCAGUGCAGAGAGCCCUGAGGACGGCGGCGUGGAGUCAUCGGACCGCGCCGCCCUGGUAGAGCAGUACCUCCAGGAGUUGGUCCAGAGGGCGUCCGACACCAAUCUGAAGGGCGAGGCCCUGCACAAGCUGUGGCCCUCCAUGUUUGGAGAGAUGGUGAGGGACUGCGUGUUGGAGAUGAGGGACCGGGCAGCCUUCUGCCAAGCCAGCCUGGCCAAGCUCUCUGAGACCAAGUGAAGAGGACCUAAGGUUCACACUUUAGACCACACACACACACACACAUGUGGACAUAGCUUUUUCCCGGGGCGCCUUGCAGAGCCUCAUCACAAACUCCAUUUAUUUAACACGUCAUCGCUCAGUAACUUAUCACCGACUACCAGUUGUUACAAUCGUUGGAACCAGAAAGAGUGUUUCUCUAGCCACCGGGUCACUCUUUAAGAAGGAUGCAGACUGUUUGAGAGGAAUCUUCAUGACAAAGAAUGUAGGUUUCCACAAAAAACCCACUUGAGUGCUUGGAGCUGUGAUGUAUUUGAAGAGAGUAAAAAGGGAUCGCGUCACCUUGCGUUGUGGUCCCCUGCGGAGCGAGCUGCCAUCAGCUGAGAACGACCCGUGUCUCUUUUAUUCGAGACCCGAGUGAUUUAUUUUCCGUGUCUUAAAUAACGUUUCAUGCAUCGCUUUCUCGCUCUUUCCCGCCUGACGUAUAAAAAGGAGGGCACGGACAAGGACCUGAUCUUUGUUUACCACUGAUUUUAUGUCUUGUACUUAGUAUUAAAAGAUUCUGUAUUCACUCUA